AUGCAGUCCCACCAUUCAUUCAAAUCGUCCACGCUUAGCCUCCUCUCCUCAAAACUCUUCGAGCAUCAUUAUGAGGAUGGUCCUCGUAUCGAAGAGCUAGAAAGAUCAUAUCACCGAGCCAGAGCAAUCGGUCAACUGCAUGGCGUGACCCUCGAGGAUUGCCUUCAUAUGACCCCCAAGUUCUGGGCCGUCCACAAAGAUGGAAUUAUUGUUCGAGAUGCCGUUGCCCACAUAUUGGUAACGAUUCAACUUAAUCUGGUGGCCGGUACAGUGGCACCUUUUGCCCUCAAGAGACCCGAUCUCCAUCCGCUAAUGAAAGAGAUAUUGAACUUCGAUAUCUCUGUACCAUUCAUGCUGAAUGAAGUCGGCCAUGGCUGCGAUUCCCGGAAUCUGGAGACCACGGCAACCCUGCAGCGUGAUGGCAGCUUCAUCCUCAAUACGCCUACACCUGAGGCAGUAAAGUUUAUGCCACCAUCAAUGCCAAUAAAGGGCAUUCGGCGAGUAGCCAUUGUGUGUGCACGGUUGAUAGUUGACGAAGAGGACCGUGGUAUCCGGACCUUUGUCGUCCCGUUAAACAAUGGAAUGGAGAUGAACAAGGGUGUUCGUUCAUGGCUUCUCCCCCCAAUCACUGGAGGCAGGGUUCUCGACCAUAGCUUGACCUCUUUCGACAAUGUCCAUCUUCCAGCGAAUGCAAUGUUGGGUGAACUCGCGAUGCCUGCCGACCUGCGCGCCCAGUAUCUAUCAGCCAUACACCGUCUGGGCACCGGAGCCCUUGCUUUAAGCUUGUGGAUCAUUCCCUUUCUGAAGUGCGCCGCAUAUUGCGUCGGCAAAUACAGCCAACGCCGGACUGUCCAAGCAGGUGUGCACGGGGAACGCGUCCCUAUUAUUUCGUUCAGAACACAGCAGCUCCCAAUCUUGCACUCCCUUGCGCAGAUUGCUGUCAUGGAACCGUUUAGCGACUGGCUUACACACCUCUACAGCACAGACAACUCACUUCACCCUGGAGCGAAACAUGGUCUGGGGGUCAUCAUCAAGGCGGUUUUCUUACAGAAUGGGCAAUGGAGUCUAGCAAACCUUAUUGAGCGAAGUGGUGCACAAGGAGUGUACCCACAUAACCAGAUGGCCACGUUUGAGGUUUUCACCCGGGCUACCGGUAUUGCAGAGGGAGAGGUUUUGGUUCUCUCAAUCCGCCUUGCCACGGAGCUUUUACUUGGUCGAUAUGCUAUUCCCGGGCCUACAAAGCCUGAUUGUCUACUUGCACAGCAUGAGGCUGGCAUCUUUUCCGAGCUGCGGAGAAAGCUGAAGAAGAUCGGCAACCAUCGCGGUGACGAAUACAGCAAGCAAGUACUUCCCCAUCUUCGGCCUAUGAUCAUAGCGAUCGGACAACGCAUGGCGUAUGAGGCUGCAGUUGACGCAUCCAUUGACCCUGAUUUGCUGGCUCUAUACGAGGCGGGAGCUAUGAAAUCAGAUCCUGCCUGGUUCUCAGAGCAUCUUGGGAUUAGUAGGGAUGCCCAGUUCCAGAAGGAGUGUGACGCAGUGGAUGCGGUUUACCGCCGUCUCGACGAGCAUCUGGAUAACUUGCAGAUUGAGCCCUAUAUCACGGCUCCAAUGCUGACCGCUGACAGAUGGAUGGGAAUCAUCAAGGCGGUCCCGGAGUUUACAGGAAAUGGAGAGAUGAGCUUCCCAGGUGCUCAGGAGUUUCAAUCUAAGCUUUAA